AAAUACCAUCAUCCAGACGACGACCAACCCAACAGCUCACCCUUCUUCCCAAGUCCCAACCUUGGAGUCUAGAGAGAGAAAACACUCAUACAGAAAAGAAAAAAAAAAAAAAAAACACAGACACACACAUGACUGAAGUAAAAGACCCUGUGAUCAAGCUGUUUGGGAAGACGAUUCAAUUGCCAACCAACGAGGAAGCUUGUAUUGAUGCUAACCAACAGCAACACUACUACUCUGUUGAUCACAAUUCUCUUUCUUCAACCACUUCUUCUUCCUCUUCUUCUUCUCAAGAAAAAAGUUGCGACGUACUCGAACCAGCACAAGGAGACAACAUCAAGAGAUCUUCGGAAAGUGAACUCACCAACACUAGACCGGAAGAUGGCUCCUCCCAGCCGGCUGCAGAAGAGUCCACGGAGCCAACAACGGCGUGCGAGAACCCUAAAACACCAUCUAAUGACAAAGAAACUUCGUCCACAAAAGAUUCCAAGAAUGAAGCGCAUAGUGAAACUAGUAUGUCACAAGAAAAGACUCUGAAGAAGCCUGACAAGAUACUUCCGUGUCCGCGAUGUAAUAGCAUGGACACCAAGUUCUGCUACUACAACAACUACAACGUUAACCAGCCCCGUCAUUUCUGCAAGAACUGUCAGAGAUACUGGACAGCCGGAGGGACUAUGAGGAACGUGCCUGUGGGUUCUGGUCGCCGCAAGAACAAGAGCUUGUCUGCUACACAUUAUCAUCACAUAAUAGUGUCAGAAGCUCUACAAGCAGCUCGAGCUCAUGCUGAAAAUGGGGCUCAUCACCCUCUUUCGAAACCCAAUGGCACAGUCCUUGCCUUUGGCUCGGAUGUUCCCAUUUGUGAUUCCAUGGCUUCAGCUCUAAGCCUUACUGAAAAAUCACAGAAUUGUGUCCAAAAUGGUUAUCAUCAUAGACCUGAAGAGAGAAUUUCCGUCUCUUCUGGAGGGAGAAGAAAUGGGGAUGAUCGCUCAAUUGAAUCAUCAAUUACAGCUUCAAAUUCAGUGGAAAAGGGAGGCAAUGUCAGACUACAAGAAUCAGUUAUGAAGAAUCUACAGAGUUUUCCUCCUCAAGUACCAUGCUUACAAGGACCUCCAUGGCCUUCUCCAUGGGAUUCAGCACAAUGGAGGCCUGCAGUGACCGCGCCUGCUUUUGCCCCACCGGCAUUUCCCAUAUCGUUUUACCCUGCACCACCUUAUUGGGGAUGUACUCUACAAGGCUCGUGGAAUAUGCCAUGGCUUUCCCGGCCACCUUCUUCUUCUGACCACUCUGCCAUCAGCUCGAGUCCUAUUUCUCCAACCUUGGGGAAACAUUCAAGGGAUGGAAACCUGCUUAACACAUCAAACUCUGAUAAAGAAGAACUCCUAAGAGAAACCAAUUCCGAGAGUUGUCUUUGGGUUCCAAAGACACUGAGGAUCGAUGAUCCUAGCGAAGCUGCAAGGAGCUCCAUAUGGUCAACACUCGGGAUUAAGAAUGACAAGACUGAUUCAAUUCACGGCGGAGGUCUCUUCAAGGGCUUCCAAUCAAAAGGCGACAACAAAAGUCACAGAGCUGAGACGCCGCUGGUGUUGCAAGCCAACCCUGCAGCCUUGUCCCGGUCACUUAACUUCCAUGAGAGCACAUAGUUUACAAAAGAGAGAUGAAAUCUGGUUAUCGACUUUUUAUGGUGGCAGCUGAAAGAUAAACUAGAGUUCACAAUCUUGCUAUAGCUGACUCUCAAGAGCUGCAAGCACCAUUUAGGCCAUGAGACCAUGUUGUGACAACCCUAAUGCAGAACAAUCAAGCUUAGAGGAAGACCAGAGAAGAGCUGGUAUGUGAGCCUUCAUUGUAGAUAGAACAUGUCUCUAGUUUGCUUAGUUUAGCUGCUCUGUUUCUAUGUUUUCUGUAAUAGUGAGAAUAGUUUCUUUUGCAAGGA